AUGGCUGAACGCUACAUUCCCGAACAUCGCCGCACUCAGUUCAAGGCAAAGAACAGUUUCAAGCCCGACGAACUGCGUCGUCGACGUGAGGAACAACAAGUUGAAAUUCGACGACAGAAGAGAGAAGAAAACCUCGCCAAGCGCAGAGGUGUUCAGCGAGGCAAUGGAGAAAUCGGUAUUGGCGGGGAUGCUGAUAGCGACGAUGAGGCUGGAACCAUCGAGAGCGAGUUGAGCACAGAAUUGCCAGAAAUGGUCAAAGGAGUUUUCUCCGACCAGAUCGAUGCUCAGAUUUCAGCCACCACCAAGUUCAGAAAACUACUCUCCAAAGAACGCAACCCUCCCAUCGAGAAAGUUAUUGAAACUGGCGUUGUCAGUCGUUUCGUCGAAUUCCUCCGAUCUCCGCAUACCCUCGUACAGUUUGAGGCCGCUUGGGCUCUUACAAAUAUUGCAUCAGGCUCAGCACAACAAACCCAAGUCGUUAUCGAGGCAGGUGCUGUUCCUAUCUUUGUGGAACUUCUCAGCAGUCCUGAACCAGAUGUUCGUGAGCAAGCCGUGUGGGCUUUGGGUAACAUUGCUGGUGACAGUCCCGCCUGCCGAGACUAUGUCCUCAGCCAAGGUGCCCUGAAGCCUCUUCUCAAUCUCAUUGCAGAUGGUCGGAAGUUGAGCAUGUUGCGAAAUGCCACAUGGACACUAAGCAACUUCUGCCGUGGCAAAACUCCUCAGCCAGAUUGGAGUACAAUUCAACCUGCUCUCCCUGUACUGGCCAAACUUGUCUAUAUGUUGGAUGAUGAAGUUUUGAUUGAUGCAUGCUGGGCCAUCUCCUACCUUUCUGACGGUGCCAAUGACAAGAUACAAGCCGUCAUUGAAGCAGGCAUUCCUCGACGUCUCGUGGAACUGCUCAUGCAUGCUUCGACAUCUGUCCAGACACCAGCUCUCCGAUCUGUCGGUAACAUUGUCACUGGAGACGACGUCCAGACCCAAGUGAUUAUCAAUUGCGGCGCACUGACUGCCCUCUUAUCUUUGCUCAGCUCUCAGAAAGAUGGUAUUCGCAAGGAAGCCUGCUGGACCAUCUCCAAUAUCACUGCCGGCAACUCCACACAGAUUCAAGCCGUCGUGGACGCAAACAUCAUUCCUCCUUUGAUCCAUCUCUUGUCUAAUGGUGACUUCAAGACGCGCAAAGAAGCCUGCUGGGCCAUAUCAAAUGCUACAUCUGGUGGUCUUCAGAAACCAGAUCAGAUCAGAUACUUGGUCUCUCAAGGAUGUAUCAAGCCUCUGUGUGACCUUCUCGCUUGCCCUGACAACAAGAUCAUUCAGGUGGCUCUUGAUGGCUUGGAGAACAUUCUGAAGGUAGGAGAAAUGGACAAGGAGGCUGCCGAUAACCGUUCUACCGAGGGCCAAGUCAACCGAUAUGCUCUAUUCAUCGAAGAAGCGGGAGGUAUGGAGAAGAUCCAUGAUUGUCAAAACAACGCCAAUGAAGAAAUUUAUAUGAAGGCAUACAACAUUAUCGAGAGAUACUUCUCAGAUGAAGAGGAUGCUGGUGCCGACAUUGAGGAACUCGCUCCACAAGCCAACGCCACUGGUUUCACUCUUGGUGCGAAUCAACCUCAAGGUCAAUUCAACUUCGCAAAUGGCAAUGACUCCAUGGAUAUGUAA